AUGAAUAUGCUCUCUAGGGAUUUAGUUUUUACUCAUUACAAUCCAGAACUUCCUCUGGUUAUAACAGCAGACACUUCGCCAAUUGGAAUUGUGACUAUCCUUCCACACCUCUUGUCUGACAAUGCAUCACCAGGGAAGAUGAUUGAGGUCUCAAUUGCUUAUGCAUCACGAGCUAUGACAACGCGGAACACGAUUAUUUGCAACUCGACCGUGAGGGACUGGCAAUAG